CUGAACAGCUGAGACCGCGGGGCCUACACUAGACUCGUCGCUUUAAGCUAAGCGCCAUGAAACACCAACCAUCCAUGCAACGAAUCAGAUCUUACCCUCACAAUUCUUCUUCUGACGCAAAACGACGCUGUACGUGAUACGACGACACGACGGUCGCCACUCGCACCGCCGAAGUUUCAACUCUCAGUCUUCUGAGCUCCACCUGUCACUGACUCAGAUCUCCACCGCGUUUGACAAGGUUUUUACCACCGACAAGCAACUUCGUCUUCCGUAUUUACCAACUCAACAAGCAUGUUUGACAAAGAAUUCUUCACGGAAUAUGGUGAGGCAAGUCAAUAUGAAAUACAGGAAAUAAUUGGGAUAGGAAGCUAUGGUGUUGUUGCAUCUGCUUUGGAUACUCAUACAGGGGAGAAAGUAGCUAUUAAGAAGAUGAAAGAUGUGUUUGAGCAUGUUUCUGAUGCCACGAGGAUUUUAAGAGAAAUCAAGCUGCUUCGGAUGUUGAAACAUCAAGACAUUGUGGAAAUAAAGCAUAUAAUGCUUCCUCCUUGUCGAAGAGAAUUUAAAGAUAUGUAUGUUGUUUUUGAGCUGAUGGAAGCUGAUCUUGACCAAGUCAUUAAGGCAAAUGAUGAUCUCACUCCUGAUCAUCAUAAGUUUUUCUUAUACCAGCUUCUUCGAGCUCUCAAAUAUAUUCACUCGGCAAACGUUUUUCAUCGUGAUUUAAAGCCUAAAAAUAUUCUUGCUAAUGCGGACUGCAAACUGAAGCUUUGUGAUUUUGGGCUUGCACGAGUAUCAUUUACCGAUGCUCCUUCUGCUAUUUUUUGGACUGAUUAUGUGGCGACUAGAUGGUAUCGUGCUCCUGAACUCUGUGGUUCAUUUUUCUCCAAAUACACCCCUGCUAUUGAUAUAUGGAGCAUAGGAUGCAUAUUUGCAGAAUUGAUAACAGGAAGACCUUUGUUUCCUGGGAAGAAUGUGGUGCAUCAACUGGACCUCGUGACUGAUUUGCUUGGCACUCCUCCCAUGGAAUCCAUAGCAGCGAUUCGGAAUGAAAAGGCUAGAAGAUAUUUGAGUAGUUUGUGGAAAAAGCACCCAGUUCCUUUUUCACAAAAAUUCCCUGGUGCAGAUCCACAAGCUCUGCAUUUACUGGAGCGCUUGCUUGCAUUUGAUCCUAAAGAUCGUCCAACUGCUGAAGAGGCUUUAGCUGAUCCAUAUUUUCAUGGACUGGUAAAUGGGAAAGAUGAAAUAUCUAGGCAACCCAUUUCAAAACUUAAGUUCGAAUUUGAAAGGAGGAAGCUGACAAAAGAGGAUGUGAGAGAGCUAAUUUAUAGAGAGAUUCUAGAGUAUCACCCACACAUGCUGCAAGAGUACCUUCAAGGCACAGACCAUACUGGCUUCAUGUAUCCAAGUGGUAUCGAACAGUUUAAGCGACAGUUCGCCCGUCUUGAGGAGCAGUAUGGUAAAAGAGAAAGAAGCAUCCCACUUCAAAGAAAGUAUACUUCCUUGCCAAGGGAAAGAAUCAGUUCUGAUGAUGAGUCCACUGAUCUAACUGAUCUUGCAAAAAAGCGAACUGCUUCUGUUACUCGGGCAACUCUUCAGAGCCCUCCAAAAUUGCAGGAUUUUGCAGAAUUGAAGUCUGCUAGUCAAAAUGCUCCGCAGAAUGGCUCUAACCAUCGAAACUGUGGCGCCCUCUUGAGGAGCGAUAGCAUAAGUUCUUCAAAGUAUGUCGACGUGAGCAAAUGAGAGGCUCCUUAAUUCACGGACAGAGACAAAAGGGAAAAAGGUACCUCAUAAACCAUGAUCCCUUUAUUCCUGGAAAAUUCUUCUAAAAUGAUAUGUUAUUAUUAACAUACAUUAAUUUUUUAUGGCCACUGAUGUUAUGGGACCCAACCAAUCUUGACAGAUACACUUCUGUAAACCUAAUUUUAGAGAGAAGGCUCCUUACUCUUAUCCCUCCUUAUUGACCUUCCAAAAUUAUUAAAGAUGGUUAACAAUUGGACAACUAAUUGUAGACCAAUUUGUUAAUCUUCAAAUGUUGUAUUAUCUUACUUUAUAUGAUUGAAAGUUUAGUAUUAGGCUCUCCAAAUAGCUAUAUUGAAGAA